AUGUCAACAGAUCCAAACUUAUAUAAUGUGAGUUUAGCAUCUAAACGAACAACAAUGCCUUCAACACCUUGCUUUUUUGGUGAAACUUGUCAAAGUUUUCAUCAAAAAACUAGUGACAGUGGUAAUGACAAUAAAACUAAUGAUAAAGAAAAUUAUGGCCACAACAAAAAUGAAUCAGAAAUGAUUGAAUCGAGUGAAAUGGAUUUAAUUUACACUCAAACAGAUAAUGAUAAUCUCACACCAUCUAUAAUACUUACCUCUGAUGAUACUGAUUGGAAACCAUGUGAACAAGGUAGUAUUUCGAGUAUGGAAUCUAUAUCUAAUUCACCAAGUCCUAGAACUUCCUAUAAUUCCUUACUACAUUGGGGUAUUAAUAAUGCACAAGAUGAAAGAGAAUACUUAUUAAACAAAUACAGUGAAUUACCUGGAGAAAUUAUAACAUUCGAAUUACCUUUGAGCACUUUGACUGUCGAAGCAUCUCAUCAUAAAAAUGUGAAUUUAGGUUUAAAACUUGCCGGAAGUAAAGAUUUAAAUCAAAUGAGUGUUUUCGUAUGUGGAAUACAACCAGGAAGUAUCAUUGAACGUGACGGACAUAUAGAAGUUGGCGAUCAAUUAUUAGAACUCAAUAAUCAAGUUUUAUAUGGUCUUAGCCAUUUGAAUGCUGCUCCACUAAUCAGAUCUAUUUAUAUGGAAGUGAUAGGACGAAGUAGCAAUAUUUUCAGACGUUCAAAAUGUAAUGCUUUGAGGUUUGUGAUACAACGUCAUUCGUCAAAUACAAAUCUUAUGGCAGCAUUAGCAACAAAUCAACAUGCAGAUUCUUCUUCAGAUCGAUCCAGCCGACACACCAGUGUAGAUACAACAACAAGUGCACUAACAUCACCAGUGAAGAACAUAAAUAAAGCAAAACAAUCUAUAGAAUUUAUGAAUUUAGCAUUCGGUGGUUCACACGGACCUUUAACUCAACAAACAUACUCUACAACGUUGUAUAGAGGUUCUAAAGGAUUUGGAUUUGCAAUAAUGGAACGAAGUGCAACAAAUGAAGAAGGAAUUUAUAUUAAACAAAUCGUUGAAGGUGGUCCAGCUGAUAAAGAUGGUAUUUUAUGUGCUGGCGAUCAAUUAAUUAAAAUAAACAAAAAAGAUGUGACACAUAUACCUUACGACACAGUAGUAGAAUGGAUACGAUCUGCAAAACAUAUUCUUCAUGUACAAGUUACACGGUGGGGUUUCAAUAUUCAAGCAAGCUCAGAAACAAAAUCAUCAACUAAACGUUUCUCAGAUCCAUCUGUACUGAAUACAUUUGCAUCUGUUUUAUUUGGUAAAGAUAAUGAAAUGAAAAAUUUUCUAUCCCCAGUUAAUACAUGCCGAGAAUUAAUUAACACAAAACCUUUAAACGUAUUAUCCUCAAUUGAAAGUGGUACGAGCUGGUUAGUACCCCGACAAAUCAUAUCAAGGUAUCGUCGUGCAAGUUUUCCAAACAUCUGUUAUAAACGAGAGCAUAUUCCUACUACUGUUCUACAGCCUUUGCCAAACUAUUCAACAACUUCAAUAAACCUUCAAGGAGAUAUAAUGAAUUUCGAUAAAAUCUCAAUUUUAAUAAAUGACGAACCAGAAAUCGAAGCAACAAUCCGUCCCAUCAAGUCUGGAACUGAAACUGAAAUAUCGAUCGCAAUAAAUAAUUCUUGUGGUCUAGGGAUAGGCUGUAUAGGAGGCUGUGAAACAGCACUAAAUGUUCCAGUUAUACAUGAAAUCUAUCCUAAUGGUGCAGCGGCAAAAGAUGGACGUUUGCGUCCAGGGGAUCGAAUUAGUAAUGUCAAUCGAAUGUCAUUAGUUGGUGUACCAUUUUUGGAAGCUAUGAAUAAACUUCAAAUGGCUUAUAUUAGCAAAUCGUCUAUGAUAAAACUAGAUUCAGAUGAUGAAAAUGAAAAUAUUUCUUUAUCAAAUCAAGAACAAAGUUAUUUAAAUCUCACUAUAUUUCGACCAACAGAACAAAGUCAGAAAUGGUUUGAUCAAGAAUUAGUAAUUGAAUUAUUGAAGAAAUCUGGAAAAGGUUUGGGAAUUUGUAUUGCAGAUCGAUGUGUACAUCUUAAACUAGAUGAAAAUUUGUCAGAGAAUGAAAAUACUUUAAAGGUUCAAGAUAAUUCCUAUGUAAACACUUCCGAAAUGCAAACAUCAUAUGGCGUUAUUGUUACUGAAAUAAUUAAAGGAUCGAUUGCAGCAACUGAUGGUCGUCUCAUGGCAAAUGAUCAAAUCCUGGAAGUAAAUGGUAAAGAUACAAGCACAUUAACUAGUGAAAUUGUUGGUGCUCUAUUGAAGGCAGCUCCAUAUAAAGUUAUUCUCAAAACUAUACAGACUAAACAAGUAACCAAUUUAACCUGUAUGGAUAACACAGAAGAAUGCUUAUUUUUGAUAUCUAUCUAUCAAGAAUGA